AUGAGCGUCCUCGUCCUUGCACCAGCGCGGUGGGCCAGGUUGAGGGAGGUGCAGGGCAGGCGAGAUGAUGGUAUUGCAAACAGCAAUCACCCAUGGGACCAUCGAUGGUCACGCCCGCCACCGUCUAGUCUGUCGUCGUCGUCGUUGCUCAUUGCUCGACGCGUUGGUGACUCGAGGGAGUUUGCGGGAUCUGGGAAUCGCCAUUGCGUUAUUCCACCUGUCGCCCUCUCAACCUUGCCGAUUCCAUCUUUACGUAUCUACAGUUGUGUUCAGAAUCCAAUGGCACUUCAAUGCACACACAUCUCAACCGAUGAAGACGUGGUGAUGGACGAAGAUCCAGCUCCAGCUUCAAGGCGCACAAUCUUUAACUCAGGUCGACACCUAUGGAACCGGCUUUUCUCCAACCCCCGCCGCAUUCUCCCUUCCUCAACUGGCAUCUACAUUCAGGAACAAGCGGACCUUGGCACUCCUCAUCACUCUCAGGAAGGACUACUGUCAAUGGAAGUCGACGCACCACAGUCCACGUCGCGACUCCACAUCAACGCGCUCCCCGUCGAACUGCUUUGCGAGAUAUUCGUGCAGUACACCCACUCGUUCGACGAUGGAGCGCCCUUCCUCCCAGAAAAGAAACCAGGGUUACGCGACACCGUCUUUCAAAACGCGACCCGCAGCAGAUACGAGCUGGACGUAUCGCGUUGGCGCGUGUUGUCACUAUCGAUGCCCGAGCUUUGGUCCAGAAUUUGCGUUGCCUUUCCUACGACCUCCGACUAUCGCUUGCUUCAUAUGUGGCUGGAACGAUCAGGCACGCAUCCUCUCGACUUGACUAUCGUCCACUCAGAGGGAAGAUACCCUAACGAUGGGAUCGUACACGCCCUCCGCAUUCUCCUUGACGAGGAACACCGCUGGAAGUACCUAUCCCUAACUUUGGGCGAAGGGGUUGACCGCCUCUUCGAACAGUCCACUGUCUCAUGCACGUUCCCUCUUUUGGAGACUCUCGAUAUAGAUCUGCGCGAUUGGAAUGAGGACGUGGCGGCCAAGUUCUGUCGCCGGAUACACGGCACACCGAGCCUGACACGACUUCGGCAGGACAGCUUCUGGAAACACGUUUCUAUCACCCCGAGCAUCCCUUGGAGCGUUUUACAGGACGUGGAACUGAAUGCACUGGAAGCUAGAGAACUGAAGGCUGCUUUCUCCCAGGGCUUGCGUCUCCAACGGCUAGUUCUCCACCAUGUUGUGGGCACUGUCGAUCGGUCAUCUCCCACACCGUUGACGCUCCCGUGUCUCAGAACCUUGGGGCUUGGGUCUAUCGAGGAUGUCUCUCAGAUCCUUCGCAUGGUGGCUCUUCCUGCCUUGCACGAACUUCACUUGCUCGGUGGAAUUGGAUGGCCUUGUACCACUCGGGCUGCCCAUGACGUCCUUCAAGAGAUAGAACGAUUCGGAUGUCGCCUCGAGAAGCUCGCACUGAACCUGGGUCGUAACGCAGACGAGGAUAUACUCAUAACCAUCCUCCAAUCACCGGUUAUGGUGCACCUUAAGGCCCUUGCCGUCAGGUCUAAGACCACAAGUCGACUUCUACAGUUUCUCACCGCAUCCUCGUCUUCUCCUCUGGCACUUCCGGCGUUGGAACAUCUACUCCUUCCCAACUUGCAUUCGAAUGACGGUGAACUGAGAGACAUGGUGCAAUCCCGUGUCGAAUAUGCUGGCGGUUUUCGUGCGGUGGAGCACGAUGGAUUGCCCCAAAGUUCGGAUGUCAUUUAA